CCUAAAUGUUGUUAUAUGGGAAGCGGGGAUUAGGCAGUUCAUUGAGUCUCGUUGUGUGAGCAGUGUUUCAGCAGCAGCAUCAACGAGGUAGGCAGGCAGGCACAGCUGGAGACCACAUGCAUGUCAGUGGAGAGAGAGGGAGAGACUGUCUCGUCUGCUCUUGUAUGCCGUACAGCGGCAGUGCUUCUUCUGUACUGUGUUUGUCACAGAGAGGCAGAUUCAAGCUCCUCGUCAAAGCAACGGAUGGGAUGGACUGCUGAUUUACUAGCCCUCUUCCUUUCCUGUUACCGUUCGUGGAUAAGCGACAAUGACAGAUCCAUCCCUCUGUGGAGGACGGAGGAGUGGGGAGGCAGGAAGACGAUGCAGUCUCACUCAGUCAGCCAAUAGCAAGUAGGACUGGAAUCUACACACUUCAGUGUUCUGAUCAGAUCACUGGCUGUAAAAUGCCUGAUCACUACUGGAUCAUUUCUAUGGAAAAGGGGCUUCAUUUGUUUGGAGUCUGUGCAUACUGAUGUAUGACCUGUUCACCAGGCCCGAGCAGCCACCGGAACCCGAACCGGAGCAGCCACCGGAACCCGAACCGGAGCAGCCACCGGAACCCGAACCGGAGCAGCCACCGGAACCCGAACCGGAGCAGCCACCGGAACCCGAACCGGAGCAGCCACCGGAACCCGAACCGGAGCCGCCUGUGUCUACAGCGGAUACAGACGAUAUGGAAGGGAGAUGCCGUGGAGAGGCUGAGGCCCCAGGACAGCAGAACCGAAUACAGCAGGACAGCCAUACUAACACAGAGGAGCAUGGUAAUACUACUACUACUACCAAUGGGGACUCAAUGGACAAGGCAAAUCUAGACACUACCUCUACCACUGUUACUACCCCUGUGACACCCAAGAGGCACAACUCACUUUACCAGGACCUCAACGACUGCGAGGUGGGAGGGUUUCGCAAGAAUGGCACUGACUAUGGCUUCCUGGUGCGUCAGAACUCAGAGCUGCUGCGAUCUCUGGAUGAGAUGGAGAAGACCUGCAACCACCUGAGAGAGGAGAACGGCCUGCUGCGUAAGAGCAGCGCCCCGGAGACGGAGGAGAAGGUGAAGCGUCUGAGGAGGAAGAACAUAGAGCUGGCUGUCAUCGCUAGGAGGCUGGAGGACAGAGCACACAAACUACAGGAGGCUAACCUCAAAGUGGUGAAUGCCCCAGCUCCGGUGGAGCUGUACAAGCGGGCGUUCGCCCGUCAACGAGCCCGUGACCUGGCGCAGCACGCAGACACAUUGCUCUCCAAGGACAAGGAGAUCGCCGCCCUGCAGCAGGAGUGUAGGGAGAUGGAGACGCGCUUGGGCACAGCCAAGGGCUCCCCAGUCCCGUCUGGCGUAGUGGAGUUUGAGAGGCUGCUAAGGGAGUCACAGAAGGAGGUGCUGAGGCUCCAGAGGCAACUGUCAAUCUCCUCCUCCAGAGUCAUCUCCUCCAGAGUCAUCUCCCCUAAAGACACGUCCUGUGAAGACACCUCCUUCAGAGUCACCUCCCCUAAAGACACCUCCUGUAAAGACACCUCCUCCAGAGUCACCUCCUCUAAAGAUACCUCCUGUAAAGACACCUCCUCCAGAGUCACAUCCUCUAAAGACACCUCCUGUAAAGACACCUCCUCCAGAGUCACCUCCCCUAAAGACACCUCCUGUAAUGACACCUCCUCCAGAGUCACCUCCUCUAAAGACACCUCCUGUAAAGACAUCUCCUCCAGAGUCACAUCCUGUAAAGACACCUCCUGUAAAGACAUCUCCUCCAGAGUCACCUCCUAUAAAGACACCUCCUGUAAAGACACCUCCAGAGUCACUUCCUCUAAAGACACCUCAUCCAGAGUCACCUCCCCUAAAGACACCUCCUCCAGAGUCACCUCCCCUAAAGACAUCUCCUGUAAAGACUCCUCCAGAGUCACCUUCCUUAAAGACGCAUCCUGGAAAGACACCUCCUCUAAAGAUGACUGUUGCAGAGUCGCCUCUUGUAAAGACACCUCUUGUAAAGACACCUCUUGUAAAGACACCUCUUGUAAAGACACCUCUUGUAAAGACACCUCCUGUAAAGACCCCUCUGGCAGGAAACACAACGGACACGGAAGGCCCUGCAUAACAAAGGAGGAAAGGGAGGAGAAGGUUGCAGCAGAGACCCAAUUCUUGGCGUUAAAUGAGGCGCCUGCCAGGUGUGAGGAGACUCCCAGAGAGGAGGAGGGGCCACGAGUGAUCCCAACUCCGCCGGGGCCCGCCCCCACCCCGAGCCACUCCCACCAGAAGGAGCACACAGAAGAUCAAAGACUACAGUUGCUGGAAUGUGAGCUGAGCAAGAAGAGAAAAGAAUGUGAAAACUUGGAACAUGAAGUUAGGAAGAGACAGAAGGGAUGUCUGGAUUUGGAGAGCCAGCUUGAGGAUGAGCGAGGCAAAAAUGGGCAUCUAGAGGAGGAGGCAGAUCUCCUCAGGAGGAAGGCACAGCUGCUCGACCAGACCUGGGUUGAGAAUGAGGAGCUGAGAGAACACCUCUCUGAAGUGACCGCUCAACGUGAUUCAGGUCUCAAGGAGAACCAGAGACUCCGUGUCAAACUGGAGAACCUGGAGCAGGUCCUAAAGCAUAUGCGAGAGGUCGCCGAGCGCAGGCAGCAGCUGGAACUGGAACAUGAGCAGGCACUGGCUAUCCUCAAGUUCAAACAGAAUGAGAUCAAACGACUACAGCGGGCAGAGUUUUUUGCCAAGAGGGAGCAUGAGGGAGUGGUACAGAUGCUGGAGACUACAUUGGACUCCAUGCAGUCUAAGGUGCGGGAGUUGGAGGAUAAGUGUCACAGCCAGAGUGAACAGUUCAGCCUGCUCAGCCAUGAGCUGGAGACCUUCAGACUACAGGCUGGCAAACUGGACCUGUCUGGCUCCACCAUCCUCACUAACCCCCCUCUCUGCCAUCUGACCAAUGGGGUGGGCCUCACCGGAGAUGUGGCAGCAACUCUACAGAUGGGGGCCACCCCUCACGCUGCGGGUCUCACACGCUCCCCCACCGUAAAGCACCGUGAGCUGCCCACCAUCAGCCUGACCAAGUCCUCCAGCACCCCCAAGUCUGCCUCUGAUACCACCCACCUCUCCCCCAAGUCAGCCGAGUCCCACCACAGCCCCCACCACAGCCCACACCACAGCCCACGCAGGACCAGUCCCACGCCACACGAGGUUGACACGGCCAGUGAAGUGGAGGAGCUGGACAUCGAUGUAUCCCCAGCGCCUUACACAGCUCUCAGGGGAGCCUCCCAGCUACAGGUGUUCAUUGCCAGAUACAGCUAUAACCCUUAUGAUGGUCCCAAUGAUAACCCAGAGGUGGAGCUGCCUCUCACCGCUGGGGAGUACAUAUAUGUUUAUGGCGGUAUGGAUGACGAUGGCUUCUAUGAAGGAGAGCUGAUGGACGGGCGAAGAGGGCUGGUCCCCUCCAACUUUGUGGAGCGUGUCUCAGACGACGACAUGAUAAGCGCCCACGUUCCAGAGGGCACGGAUAUAUCCCACAACUCCCUGCUGGACAGCAGCCUGCACAGCGCCAGUCACCAGCACCACCUCUGCCUUGGGGGCCCAGGUACCUCUGAGAGGACAGACCCUACGCCAGCAGCCUCCGUCCCGAAUUCUCUCUCCGUCCCCUCAGGGGAGCAGUUCCCCUCGGAUCCAUCCCUCCCAGCCCCCCUCACCAACGGCCUGGAUCUGGACCUAGAGGUGGGGGUGGGCACUGUGCCUUACCCGCGCAAGCUCACCCUCAUCAAGCAGCUGGCCAAGAGCAUCAUUAUCAGCUGGGACGGACCGCUGGUGCCGGCGGGCUGGGGCAACGUGUGGAGCUACAAUGUAUACGUGGACCAGGAGCUGAAGCUCAACGUGCCCUUCGGCUCCCAGACUAAAGCUGUCCUAGAGAGACUAGACGUCACCCUCAAGGCCUACCGAGUGUCUGUGCAGAGCCUGACAGAGCGCGGCAACUCAGACCAGCUCCGUUGCUCAUUACUGGUGGGCAGGGACGUGUGUGUGGCGCCCACCCAGCUCAGAGUUGACCGGGUAACCGCCACCUCGGCCAGCCUGGCCUGGCUGCCGAGCAACAGUAACUAUGUGCAUGUUGUGUCCUUGAACGAGGAGGAGAUGGAACUGGUGAAGGCUGGCAGCUACUCACUGUGCCUCGGUAACCUCACGCCCAGCCUUCAGUACCAAGUCAAGGUGGAAGCUCAGCCGCACCAAACCCCCUGGGAGAUUCCCCAGGAGAGACGGGAACACAAGACCGCCACCACCACCUUCACCACGUUGGCCGCAGGCCCCCCAGACGCUCCUCUGGGCGUGCAGCUGGAGCAGGGGCCAUCCCCGGGAAUCGCCCUCAUCAGCUGGCUGCCUGUCACCAUCGAUGCUGCUGGGACCUCCAACGGGGUCCGCGUCACCGGAUACACAAUCUACGCUGACAAGAGAAAGGUGUUGGAGGUGUCAUCCCCAACGGCGGGCAGUGCCCUGAUGGGCCCGUCUCAGAUCCAGUCCCUGAUGGCAGCCCACGAGCUCACUGUGCGCACCAUGUCUGCCCAUGGGGAGUCCAUCGACUCCCAGCCAGUCAAUGUGCCCGCCAAGUUGUCCAACAUCAUGACCGGCCAGGCUUCGGCUGCCUCCUGCUCUUCGUCAACCCCCGUUCGUCAGUCAACCCCUGUCCACCAGUCGCCACCCUACCAGUCACCCCCCAUUCGUCAGUCAACCCCUAUCUACCAGUCGCCACCCUACCAGUCACCCCCAGUGCAUCAGUCAACUCCUGUCCACCAGUCGCCCUCCUACCAGUCACCCCCAGUGCAUCAGUCAACUCCUGUCCACCAGUCGCCCCCCUACCAGUCACCCCCAGUGCAUCAGUUAACUCCUGUCCACCAGUCGCCCCCCUACCUGUCACCCCCAGUGCAUCAGUCAACUCCUGUUCACCAGUCGCCCCCAUACCAGUCACCCCCAGUGCAUCAGUCGACUCCUGUCCACCAGUCGCCCCCCUACCAGUCACCUCCAGUGCAUCAGUCAACUCCUGUCCACCAGUCGCCCCCCUACCUGUCACCCCCAGUGCAUCAGUCAACUCCUGUUCACCAGUCGCCCCCAUACCAGUCACCCCCAGUGCAUCAGUCGACUCCUGUCCACCAGUCGCCCCCCUACCAGUCACCUCCAGUGCAUCAGUCAACUCCUGUCCACCAGUCGCCCCCCUACCAGUCACCCCCAGUGCAUCAGUCAACUCCUGUCCACCCGUCGCCCCCCCUACCUGUCUUCGUCACCACCCGUCCAGCCCCAAUCCCCAUCUUACGGAAACUCAGCUGCCAAAGUGUCCACGCUGCCCUACGCCACUGCCUCGCCGCCACUAGACAUCGCCCACGCCAUGGGCCCAGCCCACAUCUAGGCCCAGCAGUGGCCACGGAGCAGAGCAGAGCAGACACAGACCGCCCCAGAGUUCUCCGUCCUGUCAUGUCCAUCACAGACUUUCUCCCUGUGGAGGACGACUCCCGUGUCAACCUUUCAACCCCUGAGCCCUACCCCACCCCGCCCAAGGCCCUUGUGCCACCCGCUGGGGACCUCAUCAACCCCCUGGACACACAGCCUCUCCGGCCCCCCAGAGCCACCUCUCCCCUGGAUUCAGAACCAGACUACUCCAUGGAGAGGCCGACCACACGCUUGGUGUCCAUGGAGGAGUUCCUCAGUCAGGACCAGGACACAGGCUUCAACAGGCAGCAGCGGUAUACUGCCGGUCUCGGUAUACUGCCGGUCUGUAAGUGUGUUGUGCUGUGUGGUUCUGUCCUGUGGUUCAGCGGUAUACUGCCGGUCUCCGGUAUACUGCCGGUCCGGUGGAGCCAGAGAGGCAGUAGGGGAUCUGACCUGUCUGAUAUCCUGGAGGAAGAGGAGGAUGACCUCUACUCUGACCCCCCUGGAUCCGCCCUGGCCCGGGGGUACACCACCGGAGCCAACAGGCCAGACCAGUGGGAGGUGCCGGACAGUGACGAGGAGAUUGUGGAGAAGAUCCUGAAGCUUCCUCCUCAGGCCCAGACUCAGGCCUACCACUACCAUCAGCAGGGUCAUCAUCACCACAACGAGCACUUGUUCAGCAUCCCAGAGGUCACCGAUGAAGAGGAUAACAGUGUCGACGAGGACUAUAGUCACCGUCGCCACCGCAGGCAGUCCCAAGCCGGGCCCAGCCACCAUCCUGAUGAUCCCCACUACCACAGCCCCAGACACCAACCUCAGCCCCACCACCACCACCACCACCACCACCACCACCACAGCAGCAGACCCGAAGCCAAAGAGCCUUCACCCAGACACAGUGGUGGUGCUGUUUUUCGGGCCCAGAACAGGGUCCACUACACAGACACAGUAGACAGCAUCAGCCACCCUGAGGAGGGGCUGCUGGACACCGGGGGCAGUAGGGAUGUUUGGGUUCCCCGGGCCACCCAGAAGGCCCACCACGGUGGGGGAGGGAGUAAGGCGGGGACGAUGGCCUUGGUAGGCGGACUGGGGGACCGGCUCAGACGAGAAGCCUUGCUACGGAGUCAGAUGGCGGUCGCUGCGUUUACGACCCAGGCCACCGGACACACACCGGGUCCGGGCUCCCACCCGGUCAGAAAGACCGUCCGGAAGGUCAAUUCCCCGGUGGGCUCGGUAACAGAAAUCGACCUUGAGUACGGGACAGACGAGGAGGAGCCGUUGACCUACGACCCCGGGGAACGAGGGGAGGUGGUGGUAGACCAGAUGAGCUCUGAGUGGUGGGUGGAGGGGGUACAGCCUGAACCCCGGCCUCUGCUCCGGGGAAAGCCUGCCCUCCAGGCCAUCGCAGCUACUGCAGCAGAAUGGGAGUCUGGCAGAAACCUGUCGUUGGAGGCUGGUGCUGGGUGGAGCGGACAGCCUGGACUAUCUCCUAAACUGACCAGGUCAGAGGUCAUACAUCAGCUCAAAGAGAGCAUGGAUCAUUCAUGGCCUAUAGGAGACAAUGAGGUUCGUAUCUUUGUGGCUCUGUUCCCCUACGACCCGGUCAACAUGUCUCCCAACCCCGACGCUGCUGAGGAAGAACUGCCCUUCAGAGAGGGACAAAUCAUCAAGAUCUACGGAGACAAAGACUCGGAUGGAUUCUACCGCGGCGAGUCGAGCGGUCGUCAUGGUUACGUGCCAUGUAACAUGGUGUCAGAGAUUCAGGUGGAGGACGAGGAGACCAGAGAGACACUCCUGCAGCAGGGCUUCCUGUCUACCGCAACAAACAUGGAGAAGAUAGGCACUCGCUCACAUGCACAGCUUCCGCGUCGCCCUGUCCCACCGCCGAAACCGAGACGAUCCAAGAAAGUGGAGGCUGCUGCGCUGUGGGAAGAUAGCUUAGACUCCUCCAGUCAAGACCCCAGCCAAUCUGAUGUCGCCACGGCAAACCCGGCGGACACCGGUCCUCGCAGGAUGAAGGCCAUCUUUGAUUACGACCCGAGAGAGAGCUCUCCCAACGCUGACAUCGAGGUUGAGCUGACCUUUGGUGCCGGGGAUAUCAUCUAUGUGUUUGGUGACAUGGACGAUGAUGGGUUCUUCUAUGGUGACCUGAACGGACACAAAGGCCUGGUCCCAUCUAACUUCCUACAGGCUGCCCCAGAGGCUGCUGGGAAAGCUCCACCAUUUGACUCCCAGCCUCCAUCUGUAGCCGAGCCCAGGACAGAAUCGCAGGUGAGCCUGAGCACAUUCCCAGAGGAGGUUCCACAUCCACCCCUCCACACAGGGCUGACUGGCCCAGUCCACACACAUCCACCCCUCCACACAGGGCUGACUGGCCCAGUCCACACACAUCCACCCCUCCACACAGGGCUGACUGGCCCAGUCCACACACAUCCACCCCUCCACACAGGGCUGACUGGCCCAGUCCACACACAUCCACCCCUCCACACAGGGCUGACUGGCCCAGUCCACACACAUCCACCCCUCCACACAGGGCUGACUGGCCCAGUCCUCCACACAGACCACCAACACCUGGAUCCGUCCGCAGCAGCAGCCAUGAUGAAACCCUCCUCCAUGGACCCUGCCCCAACCCCAAGGCAAGCCAGCCUCAGCACCUCUCCGCCCCACGUCCCAGCAGAAAGCCCCCCACAGACAGACCAGACAGACGUCUCCCCACCAGACAAGAAAAAGAAAGGCUUGUUCUCCAAAGGGAAGAAGCUUUUCAAGAAGCUGGGAUCCAGCAAGAAGGAUUGAAACUUGGGACAUUUACCAACUCAUUGCAGUUUUUGUUGAAAACACUUUUAUAUCAUCAUCAGUCUUGGUUGUCUUGAACUAUGCUGUUAGUUUAGUUGUAAUAUUCAGUAACUAUGGAUACACUAAGAUAUUAUACAGCUGAAUACAUCUCUUCGAUAUAAUACUAUUAAACCAGCUGGCAAUAUGUGGAGCGUAUUUUAUGUGUAUCUGAAAUGGCACCCUAUUCCCUAUAUAGUGCACUACUCUAGCACCCUAUUCCCUAUAUAGUGCACUACUAUAGCACCCUAUUCCCUAUAUAGUGC